AUUAUCAUAUAUUUUUAGUUUAUUACUAAUAUUAUAAUUUCGAAAUUUUCGAAAUUUAAUAUUUAAUUAAUAUUUUAAAUAUAUUCUUUAAAUAAUUUAAAUAUAUUAUUAAUUUUUUAAUUAUAUUAUUUUUUUUAAAAGAUUUAUAAUUUUCGAAAUUAUCAAAAUUUUAAUAUAUAAAUUUUUGAAAAUUUAUUAAAUUUUCGAAAUUUAAUAUAUUAUUUUUUGAAAUAUCAAAAAAUAUAUAUAUUAAAAUGGCGAGAGAGUUCGGUAGAAGGUCCGUGGAUAUGGGCGCCGUGAACCGAAGUUCGAGGAAAGGCAAAGCUAAAGUCACCUUCGACGGUUCGACCUCACGCAGUUCUCGAGGAAGACACUCUGUCUCUUCCUUUCCUACUAUCUCCGAUCAAUUCAUGGGCGACGCUUUGACGGAUCAAGAAUUCGACCAGUACAUAUCCGGUAGAGGCGACGCGAAUCUCCAAACUCUUGAUAGUUUAUUCGAGGAGAUUGAUGAAGCAGGACUGGACGGGGACGGGGAGCCUACACCGCACAGCAACGACGUCGACGAGGAGGCAGGUGAGCCCGAGACCUCUCAAGGUCCGGACAAAGGUAAAAAAAAUUAAAAUCAGAUUUAUUUGUUUAUCAUUUUGAAAAAGAUACAAAAGAUGGCAUAGUUUAUGGAACUUGUAAAUAUUGUGCCACCAUCAUUAAAAUGGGAGUUUCCGG